AUGUUUAGAUCCGAUGAUGAGCUUGACUAUGAAGAUGGCCUUUGCGACAAUUGUGGUGAGGAAUGUCGAACACUGCAGCCGAUUGAUGAAGUGAAGCUUUGUUAUGUUUGCCGAAUGUACUAUAAACUGAUGCGUAAGCAUCGCCCCUGCAACUAUACAGCUGCUAUAAAUGAAUUUCGUCAACGAAAAACUCGCAAAUGCCCCGAAGACAUGCAAGAUAUUGCUCAUGAUUUUGUUGAGAUGGCUAAGUUCGUAGAUGAGAAUGAGUGUGAAAACGAAGGCGUCCAAGUGGUUCAGAGUCCCAAAACAAAAUGCAACGAAGAAACAAAAUCUGUAAUGAGAGAACUAACGAGAGUUCGCUCAAGAGCUAUCCGCCUUGAAUGCACGCUAAAGGCUCAACGAGCUGAAGGGCUUAUGAACGGCCUGGAUUCGUACAGGCAUCUCGUCUCGAAAGAAGAUAGAAGAGAUGAGGAUGGGAGUUCCCGUCGUGAUCGAAUUCGAGGUAGCCACACUUGGACUGAGGAGGAGCGGAUGAUUGCAUUCCACUUACUGCUUUUCAAAGGUUUAUUACGCUAUGGAAGAGAUUUCGAUGCAGUUGCAGAGGUACUUGGCACAAAAACACCUGACAAAGUCAAAAGCUUUUACACAGAGAUGAAAGAGGAUAUAGAUAAAUUGCUUGAAAAAGAGGUGCAAGCGGAUGAGGAACUGGUCAAUUCGUUUGAUGUUGAGAAGGAGUUGAGCGCUGAGACAACGAAGGCGGUGGAAAUUGUGAAUUUGGAUUAA